CUCGGAUCCCGGAGUCCGCAUAUACUUUGUGGGGCGGACGGUGACGAUGAGCAGCAGCAGCACCCCCGAGAGCGCGGAGCGCGACGCGGUGCUCCAGGCCUACCGCGCCAAGGUGCUCGAGCACCGCGAGGUUGAGGGCCGCGUGAAGAGCAUGCGCGAGAACGUCAAGACGCUCGUGCGCGAGUUCCACAAGACCGAGGACGACCUCAAGGCGCUUCAGAGCGUGGGCAUGAUCAUCGGCGAAGUGCUUCGCCAGCUCGACGAAGACCGCUUCAUCGUCAAGGCCAGCAGCGGCCCGCGCUACGUGGUCGGCUGCCGCACCAAGGUCGACAAGACCAAGCUCAAGAGCGGGACGCGCGUCGCGCUCGACAUGACGACGCUCACGAUCAUGCGCUACUUGCCGCGCGAGGUCGACCCGACCGUGUACCACAUGCUCAACGAAGACGCGGGCAACGUCUCGUUCUCGAGCAUUGGCGGCCUCAACGAACAAAUCCGCGAGCUCCGCGAAGUCGUCGAGCUGCCGCUCACGAACCCAGAGCUCUUUCUCCGCGUCGGCAUCAAGCCGCCGAAAGGCGUUCUUCUCUACGGCCCGCCGGGCACGGGCAAGACGCUCCUCGCGCGCGCGCUCGCGUGCAACAUCAACGCAACGUUUCUCAAGGUCGUCGCCAGUGCGAUCGUGGACAAGUACAUUGGCGAGUCGGCGCGCGUGAUCCGAGAGAUGUUUGGGUACGCGCGCGACCACCAGCCGUGCGUCAUCUUUAUGGACGAGAUCGAUGCGAUCGGCGGGAGCCGCUUCUCGGAGGGCACGUCGGCCGACCGCGAAAUCCAGCGCACGCUCAUGGAGUUGCUCAACCAGCUCGACGGCUUUGACUCGCUCGGCCAGGUCAAGAUGGUCAUGGCGACAAACCGACCCGACAUUCUCGACCCGGCACUCCUCCGCCCGGGCCGCUUGGAUCGCAAGAUUGAGAUCCCGCUCCCGAACGAAGCGUCGCGCAUGGACAUUCUCAAGAUUCACUCGGCGCCCAUCACAAAAAAGGGCGACAUUGACUACGAGUCGAUCGUCAAGCUCACGGACGGCUUCAACGGCGCCGACAUCCGCAACGUGUGCACAGAAGCCGGCGUCUUUGCGAUCCGCGCCGACCGCGAGUACGUCGUUGAGGAAGACUUCAUGAAGGCCGCACGGAAGCUCGCCGAGACCAAGAAGCUCGAGAGCAAGAUGGACUACAGCAAGGUCUAAUCGUACACUGUGCAUCCACCAGUCUCGUAACACGAAACACGAUAAGAAAUGCAACAACAUGUUGGGUGCUCAUGAGCGG